GCGCUCGGCCACGAGGUGGGCGAGCCGGGGCGGUUCUGAGCCCGUGACCUCGCCGGCCCCCGAGUCCCGGCCACAGUCCAGGGUUGGCGCUGAGAGGCGAGGGGUGGCCUCAAGACCAGGACAGAUCGAGCUCACCAGGCUCACAGCUCCAUGGCCAGCAAGGAUCCCAAGGAUGAGCACCCGUCGGUGACGCUCUUCCGCCAGUACCUGCGCAUCCGCACCAUCCAGCCUGAGCCUGACUAUGGAGUGGCCGUAGCCUUCCUUGAGGAAAGAGCCCGCCAGCUGGACCUGGGCUGUCAGAAAGUGGAGGUGGCACCUGGCCGUGUGGUGACCGUGCUGACCUGGCCAGGCACUAACCCCAAACUGUCCUCCCUCCUGCUCAGUUCCCACACUGAUGUGGUACCUGUCUUUGAGGAGUACUGGAGUCAUGACCCCUUUGAGGCCUUCAAGGACGCUGAGGGCUACAUCUAUGCCAGGGGUGCCCAGGACAUGAAGUGUGUCAGCAUCCAGUACCUGGAGGCUGUGAGGAGGCUGAAGGCUGAGGGCCGCCGUUUCCCCAGAACCAUCCACAUGACCUUUGUGCCAGAUGAGGAGAUUGGGGGUCACCAAGGCAUGGAGUUGUUUGUGCAGCGGCCAGAGUUCCAGGCCCUGAGGGCUGGCUUUGCCCUGGAUGAGGGCCUGGCCAACCCCACGAAUGCCUUCACUGUCUUCUACAGCGAGCGGAGCCCCUGGUGGGUGCGGAUCACAAGCACUGGGCAGCCGGGCCAUGGCUCACGCUUCAUCGAGGACACAGCAGCAGAGAAGCUGCACAAGGUUGUGAGCUCGAUCCUGGCAUUUCGGGAGAAGGAGAGGCAGAGGCUGCAGUCAAACCCCCACCUGAAGCAGGGGGCCGUGACGUCUGUGAACCUGACUAAGCUAGAGGGUGGCGUGGCCUAUAACGUGGUGCCUGCCACCAUGAGUGCCAGCUUUGACUUCCGCGUGGCACCUGACGUGGACCUGAAGGCUUUCGAGGAGCAGCUGCAGGGCUGGUGUCAGGCGGCUGGCAAGGGGGUCACCUACGAGUUUGCUCAGAAGUGGACGGAGUCCCGGGUGACGUCUACUGAUGCCUCAGACCCCUGGUGGGCUGCGUUCAGUGGGGUCUGCAAGGACCUGAACCUCACUCUGGAGCCUGAGAUCUCCCCUGGUGCCACCGACAGCCGCUAUCUCCGCGCAGUGAGGCCCCUGCAAGGCAGCAGUGAUGCCAAGGAGAGUAUCAUGCCCCAGCCACAGUCUGCUAUGGCUCAGCAUUCCAAAAAGAGAAUCAAGAGUCAACUUUAGAAAACCAUCUCCAGAGAAAUAUAUAAGAUUACCCCAGGGAGCUAACAUUCCACCCUGUUUAUACUGCACACAGACCACAUUUCCCAGGCCCAGCAAAGUUAACAAAUCCACAUGCAGAGGGAAGAAACAAACAGAAGCUGCCCUCCCUGCCAGGGCUGCAGGGCCCAAACCUUCUUACAGCAGAGCUUGG